CUUAUGUGUCCAUGAUUCAUUAAAUACAACACCUUCUCUUUCGGUGGGAACUGUGUUAGGGAAUUGCAGCCGUGCGUAUACCAUCUCUUCUCUGUUCUCACUUAUUCUUUACUUAACACAAUCAUAUCCUCAACUAUCCAUCUUCCCAGGAGGCCCCAGCUUGUCAUUCUCCCACCUAUCCAUCUUAAAUUCAUCAUAGGUUAGCAUUAUAAAGCAAUUCCAAUUUCCAACCCAACCCUCAACUUCCUUAACCUUGUUUGACUUGGGUGAGAGAAGAAAUGAUGAUAGCAACUUCACCUUCUCAAAAGACAAUGCAAUGUCUCUUUCUCUUAAGCUUGUUAAUGGCAGUAGCAGUACCAAGCAGAGCCAAAGUCCCUGCAGUCAUAGUCUUUGGGGACUCAUCGGUGGAUUCAGGGAACAAUAAUCUUAUCCAAACCAUCUUGAAGAGCAAUUUCGAGCCAUACGGCCGUGAUUUCGAAGGUGGCCACCCUACAGGUCGGUUCUCCAAUGGUCGAAUCCCGCCGGACUUCAUCUCUGAGGCACUUGGACUGAAGCCCACAGUUCCUGCUUACUUAGACCCAAGAUCCACUAUCAAGGAUUUCGCCACCGGAGUCUGCUUUGCUUCCGCCGGAACUGGCUACGAUAAUGCCACUUCCGACGUUUUGAAUGUGAUACCAUUGUGGAAGCAAUUGGAGAACUACAAGGUUUACCAGAAGAUGUUGAGGAGAUAUCUUGGAGUGAAGAAGGCGAAGGAGAUAGUGAGGGAGGCAUUGUAUCUGAUGAGCAUAGGGACCAACGACUUCUUGGAGAAUUACUACAUAUUUCCUGGCCGAUCAUCGGAAUAUACAGUCGAGCAGUACGAGGAUUUCCUUGUGGGAAUCGCCGAGAAUUUCAUCCAGCGACUGUACGAGCUGGGGGGAAGGAAGAUAUCACUGGGUGGGUUACCUCCCAUGGGUUGCUUGCCAUUAGAGAGAAGUAAGAAUAUCAUGUCGGGGAGUGGAUGCAUCGACGAGUACAACCAAGUGGCCAUGGAUUUUAAUGGGAAGCUUCAAGGGUUGGUGGUCAGGUUAAAGAAGGAGAUGCCGGAAAUCAAAUUGGUGUUCUCUGAUUCUUACAGUAUCCUUCUUGAUGUCAUUCACCAACCCUCCUCUUUUGGAUUUGAGAGUGCCGCUGUGGCGUGCUGUGCAACAGGUUUCUUCGAGAUGGGCUACCUUUGUGGCGGAACAGCCCCUUCACAUGUACGGAUGGAACAGAUUCGUUUUUGGGAUUCCUUCCACCCUUCUCAGAGGACAAAUCAAAUCAUAUCUGAUCAUUUAAUGAAGACAGCCCUCGCUGAGUUCUUAGUAUGAAUUAAUGAAUGCAUGAUACAUUCUCUCUCUCUCAGAUCUAAUUAUAGGAUAUAUAUAUUUUGUAUAAGACACUGUAAUGUGUAAUAAUACCUCCAAGGACAAGGGAGAUCUCUCUCUCUCUUGUUGUAAGUUUUUGGGUUUAUCUUGAUUGUUUUAUGUC